CCCCCGCAGCGACGCUUCUUCCGCAGCAAGGCAACGCGCCUCCAUUCCCUGCUAGGGUUCUAGCGCUUCGCUCCCCUCCCGCCGCCGGCUCCCCGAUCCCCAACACCCACCAUGACGGCCGAGACCCAGACGCAAGAGGAGCAGCUCCGCGCCCUGCUCGAGGAGCAGAAGAUCGAGGAGCAAGAUGAGCCAAUCGUUGAGGACGACGAUGACGAGGAAGACGAUGAUGAUGAGGAUGACAAGGAUGAGGAUGAUGCUGAGGGAGGUGAUGCCAGUGGGAGAUCUAAGCAGAGCCGGAGUGAGAAAAAGAGCAGGAAGGCCAUGCUGAAGCUUGGCAUGAAGACCAUCACUGGUGUGAGCCGUGUAACUGUCAAGAAGAGCAAGAAUAUCCUCUUUGUCAUCUCCAAGCCGGAUGUCUUCAAGAGCCCUGCGUCGGACACGUAUGUGAUCUUCGGGGAGGCCAAGAUUGAGGACCUGAGCUCACAGCUGCAGACACAGGCUGCGGAGCAGUUCAAGGCGCCAGACGUUAGCAGCCUCACGUCAAAGGCCGAGGCUUCAACAGCUGCUCAGGAUGACGACGAGGUUAUCGACGAGACUGGCGUCGAGCCGAAGGACAUCGAGCUGGUGAUGACCCAGGCCUCUGUGUCAAGGGCCAAGGCGGUCAAGGCGUUGAAGGCCGCCGACGGGGACAUCGUUACCGCUAUCAUGGAACUUACCAACUAGCCAAUCGGGCGUCCUGCCUGUGAGGAUACCUGAUUUGGAACGUGUGCUGCUGAGCUAAUGUCUUGUGAAACAGUGGCUCUUUUUCGUGCGUUGUUGUUCAUGUGAAGCUGCAUUCAUUGUACGCAUCUUGUAAUCUGGAACCAUGCACCUGGGGCUCAUAUGUUUGCUUGCGGAUUAUUGGCCGAUGAUAAUGGUUGCAUUUAACGCGA